AUGGCUACAUCUUCCACAUCUCCCGAUACGUCUUCAACAGGUGAACCUAAGAGUGCAGCCAAACAAUAUAAUCUUCGCAACCCACUUCCGCUCUCAGCCCCCCAAGAACAAGAAGUGAAACUGCUAUACUACAAGCGAGUACGCGCCCAUUGCGCCCCCGAAAUUAAAGGUAGGCAAUUUAUUUUAAUUCUACGCCAAACAGGUCAUCUGUACAGCUUUCAAUAUACAAAAGCUGGUUGUAUGCUUGAAACCACCUACUUACCCAAUGAUGAUAUAGCGUUCGCCGAGUGCGCCGUUAACCGUACUGUCACUGCAACAUGGGUCUGCCGCCAGCAACGUCUCGCAAUGAAUUCAUGCAUGCUCGCCCACGCGAAGCCGGAAGAAGAGGACCGCGCACGCGAGGAGUGGUUCGCAGGGUAUGAGGAACGGCGACGCGUGCGCGAGGAGGAUCUUGCACGUGUUGAGAAGCGGCGUGCGGAAGUGAUUCGCAUGAUGCGUGAGGAUGAAGCGCGGACUCGAGCGGCUGGAAAAUGA